AUGAGAGGGCUCAGAUCGCGGAUCCUGCGAACAUUGCAGUCCGCCGCCGCGCAGACCAAUGCAAUGCUCCCUUCUCCCGCCGCGCCGCCCGAGAAGCGCCACAUCCUCCAGGACCGCGCGCCGUCUCCCGUGCCGCCGGGAGCAGAGACUGUGCAUGAGCUGCCCACCGUCUCCGAUGCCGGCGACAGGGGCGGGGAUGGCGACGGCGAAAAGGAGAACUUUUCGCCGGAGGCCAACCCGCGGAAGGCCAAGAAGAUGAAGGUGAGCUCCGACGACGGGGCCGCGGAUGCCGCACUCUGCUACCGCCGGCCGGAGCUCGAGUCGGUGACCCUCUUCGACCCGGACCUCCUCGCCGCCUUCCGGGGCGUCGUCGACGCCUACGCCCAGGCCCUCGAGAACACCGCCAAGCGCUACCCCGCCUACGACGAGGACGAGGACGACAUCAUCGCCGCGCUGGAGGAAAGCGCCGGCGUCGACCCCCUGGCGGGGCUCGAGGCCCGGUGCCCGCCGGGCGGCGAGCGCGCCGUGGUGCUCUACACCACCUCGCUCCGCGGCGUGCGCAAGACCUUCGAGGACUGCGCCACCGUGCGCCGCCUCCUCGACGGCCUCCGCGUCGCCUUCCUGGAGCGCGACGUCUCCAUGCACGCGCCCUACCGGGACGAGCUUCGCGCGCUGCUCCUCGGGCUGGACGGCGCCGGCGCCGACGCGAUGCCGGUGCCGCCGCGGCUGUUCGUGAGCGGGCGGUACGUCGGCGGCGCCGACGAGGUGGUGGCGCUGCACGAGCAGUCCCGGCUCCGGCCCAUGCUCCGUCGCGCCGCGCGCCGGGGCGCCGGCGAGGCGGCCUGCGCGGUGUGCGGCGGCGCAUGGUUCGUCGUCUGCGGCGGGUGCAGCGGCCGUCAUUGGCUCUAUGACGGUGUCUCGGCGGCCGCCGUGGCCGCCAACCGCGUGCCGUGCUCCGGAUGCAACGAGAACGGGCUCGUGCCGUGCCCGCUCUGCAGCUGA